AUGGAUCCAAAUUUGGCGGCUUCUCUUGAAGAAGGAAAUGUAGAAGCCGUUUGUAAAUUAAUAAGUGAAAACAAAGACUUCCUGGAAUCAAAAAAUAGUAAUGGUUUCACUCCUCUUUUGUUGGCCGUUAAUUAUGGAAAUUUAGAACUCGUUCGCGCGCUUGUGGAUUUAGGAGCAAAUAUUCAGGCUCUUGAUCCCGAGACUGGUGAGAACAGUUUGCAUAUUGCUGCUAAAGGUGAUUGCCGCAAAAUUAUUAAAUUCUUAUUAACUCAUGGAAUUUUAAUAGAAUGCACCACAAACAAUGGCUGCACACCAUUGCAUAUAGCUGCAAAUUAUGGAAGUGUUGGAUCAAUCAGAAAACUCACAAGACUUGGUGCAAACAUUAAUGCGAAAAAUGUUAACGGCAUGACUCCACUCCACAUUGCUGCUAUCACUGAUAAAAGAGAGUCUGUUGUUGCUCUUCUUGAGUAUGUUCUUCCCAGCCUUGAAAAAGACACGUUCGGAAAAACAGCUUUAGAUUAUGCAAAAGAAAAAUUUGGAGUUGACGAUGAAUUAACUUUAUCAAUUGCUGAUUAUGGAGAAGUCUGUUUCCUCUAUCCAUUCCUUAAAGAGAAUGAGCAGAUUUUUAGGACAAAGCUUGCAGAAACAGAGCAUAAAGGUGGUAAACUUCAAUUUUUGAUUUAUAAAGAAGCAAUCGAAAAUAAAAGACAAGAAAUUAUAAAAGUUCUUCUUGAAGAAGGUGUUAAUCCAAAAAUAACAAACCAAAUAACAAAGCAAACACCAUUGCACGUAGCUGCUGCUGUUGGUGUUGUAUCAAUUAUUAAGCAAUUAAUUGAAAAUGAAGCUGAUAUCGAUGCUGUUGACAAUGAGGGAAAUACACCAUUGCACAUGGCCGCUCAAAACUGUCAAUAUCAAGCUGUUUCUGAGUUAAUUACAAGAGGAGCAAUUGUUAAAGAAAACAAUGAUGGCAAGACAGCAAUUGAUUUAUGCAGAGACAGUUCAGAUGAACUUCCUCAGAAGACAAAAACAUUUUCUUAUUUGGUUAAAAUGAUCGGAUACAACAUUGCAAUUUCAAAGAUUGAAAAUUCAAAAGAAUUAUUAUCUUUCUUGAAAUUGAACAAGAAAGUUAUCAAGAAACAUGGAGAAACAUUAAUAUUUGAUGCAAUUGCUAAAGAUAAAGCUGAUGUUGUUGAUUUUUUGCUGUUGAAUAGAGUUGAUUCAAAUUGUAGAGACAAAGAAGGAAAAACUCCUUUGAUUUGCGCUGUUGAGCAAAACAAAUUUGAAAUUGCAAAGCAACUAUUAGUUUAUUCUGCUGAUGUUAAUUUGACAAUAGAAUCUACUGGACAAACUCCUUUGCAUAUUGCCGCUGAGAAAGGAUACUUUGAUAUCUUGGAGUUAUUAUUGCAGAAUAAUGCAAUGUUAGUUGAUGAUGCAAAUGGUGAUUCUGCAAUCAGAAUUGCACAAAGGAAAUUAGAUGAAGGAAAUAUAGAUUAUGAAAAAAUUGUCAAUGCUUUGUGCGUUGUCCAAAACAGAGAUAGCUUGAGCUCAUCAAUGUAUAACGCUGAUGUCUUUGCAAAGCAAUUAAAAGACUCUCCAGGAGUUAUCGAAUCUUAUGGUCCACAUUUAUUAAGAGAAGCAAUCCAGAAAAGAUAUUUUGAUAUCGUUAAAAUCCUUGUUGAAGCUGGUGCCGAUAUAAAUAAGAAUGAUACUGAAGGUGUUAAUGCUGUUCAUGAGAUGGCAAUGUCGAAUUCAGAUGAAAUGAUGAGAUAUUUCUUAGAGAAAAAAGGUGACUUGACAUUGAAAGAAUUUCAUGGAAGAACACCUCUACUUUGCGCUUGUUCAUCAGCUAGUCCUAAAACAAUCAAGGUUCUUAUUGAAGCAGGUUCACUCUAUGCUCUCGAUGAUGAAGGAUCUACACCAAUGCAAUUAGUUGUUGAUUGUCCAGAAACAAACAAAAAUGAAGCAAUUGAAAUCAUUUCUGAUUUCACUUUCGAAACAGCUAAAUCGAAAUUAACAGAAGAAGCAGAAUUGGAAGAAAUGCUUGAACAGAAUGCAUUCUUAUUAAGAGACAAAGGCUCAUUCUUCAUGCAAUGGGCAGUUACAAAUAAGAGUACAUAUACAAUAAACUUCUUAAUCAGUCAAGGUGUUUCUGUUUCAGAAAGAGAUGAUGCAGGAACAACUGUUUUGAUUACAGCUGUUAAAGCAGGAGACAUUGAUAUGAUUAGAGUGUUAGUUGAGAGUGGUUCCAUUACAGGUGUUCAUGAUAACGAUGGAAGAACUCCAUUGCAUUAUGCAGCUUUAGGAGAUAAUGUCGAAAUUGUUGAUUAUUUGAUCGAAAAUGGCGCAACAAACAAAAAGGAUAAUAAUGGAAAAACGCCAUUAGAUCUUUGCUCUAGAAGACAAUCAAAGGCAGCCAAACAAAUAUCACAUUCAAUCAGACAUUUAAUUGAGUAUUUCAUUGAAAUGGAUGCAGCUCAAAACUAUCACCAAUUCAAAGAAGUUUUCAAGAAAUACAGAACAAAAUAUGGAGUUCAUUCUGCAAUUAGAGCCAUUUCUUAUAACUCUAAACCUCAUGUUGAAUAUUUGAUUAAUCAUGGAUUGAAGCCGACAGUGAGAGAUGAGAAAGGAAUGACUUUACUUCAUUAUGCAGUUCCUCAUUGUUUCGAAAUUGCAAAGUUCUUAAUUGAUAAAGGUGCAAAUGUAAAUGCCCAAAGUGAGGGAGGCUAUACACCAUUGCACAUUGCAUGCAAAUAUCAGAACAAUGAUGAUAUAAUUCAUUUAUUAAUCGAGCAUGGCGCUGAUGUUAAUUUAACUACUAAAAACAACAUAACUCCUUUAUUCCUUGCUAUGAAAGUCGGAAAUACAAUUGCAAUCAAUUCACUUUUGAAUAAAGGUGCUGAUCCAAAUAUUAGAACAGAGACAGACUUAGCUCCUCUUGAUAUUGCUGCUAGAAGACAUAAUACAGAAAUGAUUGACAUCUUAAUUUCUAAAGGUGCUGAUGAAGUAUCAUUGGAAGAAACAAGAAUGCAAGAAUUAUCAAUCAAAGAGGUUGAAAAGCAGAAAAUCAAGAAGAGAAGAGCUUUGAGAGCUGCUGGUUUAGAGACAAACGAAGAAUCAGAAGAAAAAUCGCCCACAAAAGAUAAAACAGAAAAUAAAACUGAUGAAGCUUCAAAGGAAGGUAAAGAAACAAAGUCUACUGACGAGCCUGUAACACCACAGAAAGAAAAGAAACAAGAAGGAGAUCAGAAAUCUCCGAAGAAGGAAGAAAAACCAGAAGAAAAUCAAAAAUCACCAAAGAAAGAAAAUAAUUCUGAUGAAAGUCCAAACUCGCCGAAGAAGGAAAAAAAGAAUGAUGAGAAAGCAGAUGGUGAUCAACCAGAAGGAAAGAAGGACGAACAAAAUAAUAAACAAAGUCCCGGAAAGAAAUCAAAAGAGCAAUCAGCACAGAAAAGCCCUAAGCCUGCUGCUCCUUCUCCCAAGAAAGACAUAUUUUACCAAUGA